CUUUCUUGAGAAAAAAAAUCUCUCUCUCUCUCUCUCUCUCUUUCUCUCUCUCUCUCUCUCUCUCUCUCUCUUUAUGUUAUUGAGAGAGAGAUCAUUAUCCAGAAACCAACAUGGCUUCUUCACCAUCUGAUCAGAAAAAGGACUCCUGCCAAUCCUCCGUUACCAAUGACUCUUUACCAGGCGGUGGUCCUCAUCCAACAGGUUAUCCUCCAAUGAUGGGUUACCCAAUGGGUUAUCCACCGGGGCCGGCACCGCCUGGUUAUCCUUCUCCUUCUCCAGGUCAACAAGGGUAUCCUAACUAUAGCAAUGGAUACAACAACAAUUACCCUUAUACACAAGCACCGCCUGCUAGCUAUUAUAAUCCUCAUUUGUAUAACGUACAACAAGAAAGCCCUGUCUCCUCUUUUAUUCGAGGGGUUAUUGGAGGUUUAGUUCUGUUGAUUAUAUUUAUGUGUAUAGCUAGCAUUCUUAUGUGGCUAAUAUUACGUCCAGCCAUUCCUGUUAUGCAUGUCGAUACACUUUCUGUGUCUAACUUCAAUGGAUCAUCAUCUUUCUUUACUGCUGAUUGGGAUGCUAAGAUUGCAGUUGAAAACCCUAAUACAAAACUGAAAAUAUAUUUUGAUCAAAUACAAGUUUUUCUGUACUUUGAUGAAAGCGAUCUUCUUGCAUCAUCUUUCGCGCAUCCUUUUCUGUUGGAAACGCACCAAAAUAAUGUAAUAAAGACUAAAUUAGCUGCAAAUAACUCCGAUCACACGCAGGCCGGAGUUGGAAGCUGGGUGGUGGAGAAAAUGGCGAAUGAUAAGAGUACAACCGGAAAACUUCAUUUUGGAUUGAGAAUGGCGAUUUGGUCCACGUUUAAAUCAGGUACAUGGUGGGCAAAGCAUGCAACUAUAAGAGUUUAUUGUGAAGAUUUGGAGGUUGUUUUUGGUAGCAGUAAAAGUAAUGGAAAGUUAAAUACUUCCAAUGCUAAUGACUGUUUAAUUUUUGCUGUUUGGAGCGGUCGGGUCAAAUCCAUAACUGCUCAGCACUCUCUCACUGUCACUUGCGCAGUCACAUUCUUUCUGCUUUCAAUGGCUUCAUCCAGCGAAGCUCAACACAACAAGACGGUAACCGGCUAUCCGGUUCCGCCCAACCAAGUUGCCACUGGCUACCCAGCAACAGCUAUUGCUGCCGCCGAAGCUGCCACUACUGACAAUGCAUAUACAUAUGCAUAUCCUCCGCGAUCAUCGUUCUCCGCUGCCACCUAUCGCCCUUUUCGACAUAUCUCCGAUGACCACCCCAUUAGACGUACUCUUCUCCACCGUGCAUUCUUUUUUUGCAUGACUGCAUUUUUAGUUAUGGUCCUUUUCGUCUUAACUUCUUAUAUCGCCCUAAAACCCCACCUACCUGAGUUCCGAGUUGACUCUGCCGCAAUUUCACAGCUCAACUUAACUCAGUCCGAGUUAACUGCCACUUGGCUCUUUACCCUCUUAGUAAAAAACCCCAAUGACAAACUUAGAAUCCAGUACGACCGCCUCAAGGCUUCGGUUUUCUACGGUGACGAGUUAGAACUCGCCACGAAUAAUUUGCCGCCAUUUUUUCAAGACAGGAACAAUGAAUCAACUGUCAAAUUCCAACUUGACGCGAUUACCAAGUAUGUGGGUGAGGAUGCGGUGGAGGAGAUUUCAAAGGAAAGGGACAGUGGAUCGAUUGAUUUUGGAGUUAGGGUUUUUGCUUGGGUCCGGUAUAGGACCGGUAUUUGGAGAAUGAGCGAGAAUGUGCUGCGGGUUUACUGCAAUCCGAUUCAAAUUGGAGAUUUGGGGAUUAAUGGGACAGGCACAUCAGUUGGUCAAUCGAAGAAAUGUCAGGUUUACUUGUGAAUAAUUGUUUUCUUAUAUCUGCAUUAUUAGAUUUUAGUGAGGAAUAAAGAGAAAAUAAGAUUUCAAUUCUUUUGUGCAAUUGGUUUGCAAUUUGCAUUCUAUGGUCAUUUUUAUAGUAUAGAAGCGAAUGGAAAUGCAUUGGUUACUGUAUAAAACAAAUUUGGUUAGAAUAUAUGUAAAGUGCAAUUGAUAA